AUGGUUGCAAUUCCAAAGCACCUUUCAUCAAAUUUCGAAUCAAAUAAUGAAGACUUCGUUCAUGCUGGUAUUUCCGCAGAAAAUAUCAUCUCAACAUUAAGCAGAAUCACCACCAAAAUUGCAUCUCUGCUUCACUUGUUUGAAGUCCCUUCAACAGAUUCCACUGCAGCCCUGGCUAAAAGGUACUACGACAAUGACACAACCUUUACCCUGGCGAGAGGUAUUGCAAUUGGCGCAGGAUUUGCCGCCGGCGUUGUUAUAACAGCUUUCUUGAUCUGGCUUUUGCAUUUCAGGCAUAAAAGAGAGGUUCAUAAAAAUAUGGUACGAAAGGUUAGGCAAAUCCGAGCCCAGAAAGAACAGCAAAUGGAAAUGGAACGGCAAAAAGAACCAAACAAGAUUCCAGAACCGGAGCCUUGUAAAAAAUUAAAGAGCAGCUGCUGUGACUCAAUCCACACAGCUGGAGGCAGUGCCUUUGACUCAGAGGCCAAUAUCAUGUGCGCCGAAAGGAAGCCAGAAGUCUUGAAUGAAAGUUAUAACGUUUUCACCUACAUUGGCCAAUUGUGCACCGGAAGAGCCCGUGGAAGUGGACAGGAGGAGUUCUAUGCGGCAGGAUACACUUAUGCAGAUAUUCGGCCCCCACCACCAUCAAAGGAUUGA